CUCGGUCGCCAUCGAAGUGCGUGACGAUGGAUCUGUUCCGAGGCAAAACCUUGCUCAAGAAAGACGGCACCACCAUGUCGGCCGACGGCGCGCUGCGCAACAAGCGGCUCAUCUGCAUCUACUUCGCGGCGCAGUGGUGCCCGCCGUGCCGCGUCUUCACGCCGCUGUUGGCCCGUGCCUACCGCAAGGCCAAGGACGAAGGGCUGCCCAUCGAGGUAGUGUUUGUGUCGUCGGACCGAAACGUUAACGACAUGACCGCUUACGUGAAGAGCGACCACGAAGACUGGCCUUCGCUUCCUUACGGAGACGCGCUGCAGGCCGGUCUCAGGGCCCGGUACAAGGUGGCCGGCAUACCUACGCUGGUGGUGGUCAAGGCGGACGGGGCGCUCGUGAGCGCCAACGGCAGGCCCGACGUCCAGACCAAGGGCUCCAGGGCGUUCAAGGACUGGCUAAGCUGCAUAUGAACCUGCAAAGGAGCCCAACGGAAGGCGUCGUGACAAAUAACCACUUGUGUUUUGAUAGAAA